CACACAGCACAACAGUGCGCACACAUUGCGUUAUCAUUUCGUGUGUUAUCUCAAACAGCAACACGUUCAACGAGAACAAUCGACAUGGUGAAGACAUGCAAUGCCCAGCUUCUUCUGCAAAGGUUGCCAAGUUUCGUACAAAACAUCGCGGAUUUCAAGCAUCACGAAGCUGGUCUAGCGAUUCUUCCCGACUACUCGCGACAGAGGACGCACGACGAGUUAAGGGGCAAUCCUUGGAUCGCUGCCUGUGCCCCUCUAUUGCUUUUCUGUUCCGUCGAACGCAUGUUGAUGAAUGCUGACCUUGAGGAUCAACUGGAUGAAAAAUUGCUUGAUAUAGAGUGUGAUCUGAAAAUGGUCGCCGAGGGUUUCAUUGGCGAACAUGAGGAGCAGCAGCGACAAAUGGACGUGAUGACAGAUGCACGUCAGUAUUCAUCUUGCCACUGUCACCGCUCAGAGGGCGUCGGCAUGCCUCCCUUGGACGUGCUGCUUGAGUUUCUGAGACAAAUGGGUGUUGUCGUGAAAGUCCGGCGACACCUGCUGCAUGCAUGGAGGCGUGUGAUGCUGUUCGGUGAUGUUGAGUUUGGAAGGUUGAGCGAACGAAUCGAAGCAGUACGCCGCAGCAAGGACACGCUCGAUCAUCCAUUGAUUCUUCCUUUGGCAAGAAUGGUCGAGAGUGAGCUUCGCGUCGUGAGCUUUGCCGUGAGAGCGAUACACCUGCAGGAAACGAGUUUUGUUCAGCUCCAAGAAUUCGUGUUGUGCCAGAUGGAGCUUCGCAAUGCAAUUACCACGUGGGAGAGAGGGCACCUCGGGCAGGUCCUCUGCAGAAGAGUAAAGGCGAUCCUGAUGGCGAGGAAUGGUGGACACGAAGGACCACCCGUGCUUCAAAGGGGUUCUACCAAAGGAUUGUCGUUCAAGUCUCCUUUGUUUUUCUCCUACUCUGAUGGGACAGUUUCUCAAGAGGCGGUUGUGAACGGCAUCGAUGGUUUGGAAGGAACUACGACCAACUUCGCGUUCAGUAUCGGGUGAUCGGCUUGUUGAAACCAGUUCUUCGAGUCUUUUUCAUUUGCAUUGCUGUUGUGAGAGCUCGCGAGCGCGAUUACAUGUGCUUGAGUAAGGUUGACGCUUCGUUCUGAACAGCCCAUGAAAUUGGUGAACGAUUUAACGCGAAGUCCUGGAAGAUAAGACGAAGGCAGUAAACCGCCCGCGCGUCUCUCUAUCAUGUUAUUAUCGGCCGUGCAACCUGUUGUUGAGACGUGGUCGUAUUGAGACCAGAAACGAUAGGAUAGAGAGCCUGUGCUCGCAUCUGUGGGGCGAACAAUGUGUAUACGAGAGCAAGAGUGAGAGGUGUAGAAAACGCCUGAAGUUAGUCAGGGCCUGGGACCAGUCACUCGCUCCGUGGCCUACGGGGCGACGGCCUAAGAUUGUAACUUGAGUGCUGUGGUUUGCGUUAUGGCACCGUGUCAGCUGACCGAGUUGCAGCCUAAGAGUGCCAUUCUAAGAGUUCCAUUCCGAACAGGGUUGAUUACUGCUGCGGGCAAUAAAGCUAAAUAAUU